CUGCUUCACUGAAGCCCUCGCAUUUCUCGGUUUGCUCUCCGCCGGCGCAGCAAUGGCGGAAGGUUGCGGCCGUGGAUCUCUCGUGCUUUGCUCUUUGCUUCUACUUCUUCUUCUCUCUCUCGCAUCUGCCACAGUCUUCUUCGAGGAGCGCUUCGAAGAUGGAUGGGAGAACAGGUGGGUUAAGUCUGAUUGGAAGAAAGAUGAAGGCAUGGCAGGAGAAUGGAAUCACACAGCUGGAAAGUGGAGUGGUGAUCCAAAUGACAAAGGCAUCCAGACAUUUCCAGAUUAUAGGUUCUUUGCCAUCUCUGCUCAGUUCCCUGAGUUCAGUAACAAGGGCAAAACACUAGUUUUCCAAUUUUCUGUUAAGCAUGAGCAAAAGCUUGAUUGUGGUGGUGGCUACGCUAAGUUGUUGAGUGGUGAUGUUGACCAAAAAAAAUUUGGUGGUGAGACACCUUACAGCAUAAUGUUCGGACCAGAUAUUUGCGGUUAUAGCACAAAGAAAGUCCACGCAAUAUUGACUCGUGAUGGGAAAAACCACUUGAUAAAACAUGAUGUUCCUUGUGAAACAGAUCAGCUGACCCAUGUUUAUACUUUCAUAAUCCAUCCUGAUUCAACAUACAGUAUUUUGGUUGACAAUGAAGAGAAAAGAUCAGGGAAUCUUUACUCUGACUGGGAUCUGCUUCCCCCAAAGGAAAUAAAGGACCCUGAUGCGAAAAAGCCAGAAGAUUGGGAUGAUAAAGAAUAUAUUCCAGAUCCAGAGGACAAAAAGCCUGAGGGCUAUGAUGAUAUCCCCAAGGAAAUCCCUGACCCUGAUGCAAAGAAGCCGGAAGAUUGGGAUGAUGAAGAAGAUGGUGAGUGGGCUACUCCAAACAUUCCAAACCCAGAUUACAAGGGACCAUGGACACAAAAGAAAAUCAAGAACCCGAAUUAUAAGGGUAAAUGGAAGGCACCUAUGAUUGACAACCCAGAAUUCAAAGAUGAUCCUGACCUUUACGUCUUUCCUGAUUUGAAAUAUGUUGCCAUCGAGCUAUGGCAGGUCAAGUCAGGAACCUUAUUUGACAAUAUCUUGAUUUGUGAUGAUCCUGAAUACGCCAAGAAGUUUGCUGAAGAGACAUGGGGAAAGCACAAAGAUGCUGAAAAGGCAUCAUUUGACGAGGAAGAAAAAAAGAAAGAAGACGAGGAAAAAGCUGCGGGCAGUGAUAUAGAUGAGUCUGACAAUGAGAAUGAUGAUGAAACUACUGAAGAAGAGGAGGAAGAGGAAGAGGAUUCCAAGCAUGACGAGCUGUAGAACCAAUGAACCCCCCCGUCUGAGGCCUGAUUCGGUUUUGCAUUGUUUUAGUUCCUGAUUGUUGGAAGUCUACUUAUGAUGAUGAACUCCAGAUAAAGUGGCACCCUAACCACUUUAGUUUUAUCAUUAGCGAAUAUGAUUACUUAUCUUAGGAAUAAUGUUAUUUUCGGAGAAUUUAGUUCACUCGUACCAACAACAUGCAUGUUAACAUAUACUCUUAUGGCUUGGACUUCAAAAUAUGGCUUUUGGAUAGAA